GGAUCGACCUGCUCAGUUAAUCACUCGAAGUGGACUUGACAGAGGUCCUCUUGACCUAGAAUUAUUACCAAUCAUAAUUCAACAUUUACCAAAUGAAAGUAACCUUACAGAGUAUCUUGAUCAAGCCAACUCAAGAAGCAAAAUGGCACUUGAGCACUUGUCCUCUUUCAGAUGUGACAUAUACCUCCCACUUAUCUUCAUUCUUGCUUUCUUAACUUUCAUUGAUAAUGGCAGAUAGUUUGUGUGGUUGUUUCCAUCUUUUGGGGGUCUAAUCACUAUCGUCGCACUAUUAUUUUUCAGGACAUCAACUUUUUUCUUGGCGUUAAGUGCUCACUUCAGCACAUGGUUUUGGUCCAUAUUUUGAAAUUUGAGGUUCAAGUCGACGUCUGUGCUCCCAUUGUCUUUCUGACUCCGAGUUUUAACUGUUUGUAGAUUGUUCUAAAGCUUAUAUAAGGUUGUAUGAAGUGGUGCUGCAAUUAAGCUAAGCAAUUUGACCAUAGAGAAGAUGGAAAACCAGAGGCUUGGACGUUUGGUUCUGGUAAUAUAUCCACUACAAGGCCAUGCCACUCCAGUGCUUCAGCUCGGAGAUGUCCUUCACUCCAAAGGCUUUGCCAUCACCAUAGCACACACUAGGUUCAAUCCUCCGAAUCCUUCUAACCAUCCUCAUUUUAGCUUUUUACUCUUACCAGACAACUUACCUUAUUCUGAUACAUCACAAACUCCCAGUGUUGACGAUUUUGAGGCUAUUAAUCGCGACUGCCAUGCACCACUGCAGGAGUUAUUGGAGCUCAAGGAACAGAGGGUGGAUUGUCAGGUGGUUGGAAUUAUAUUUGAUUCUCUUAUGUACUUUGCAGCAACUGUUGCUGAUCAUAUCAAAAUUCCGAGACUUGUGUUCAUGACCAGCAAUGCUGCCUUUUACCAAGCAUUCGCUGCAAUUCCUCGUCUCAUGGCAGAAGGUUUCUUCCCUUUUCAAGAUUCCAUGUUGCAUGAGAUAGUACCUCAGCAAUACCCCCUUAGGUUUAAGGAUCUACCAGUACUCAGAGAAAACAUGGACAUGAUGCAGAAGCUCAUUGAUCUCGCAAGCAACUUCCAAAAAUUUUCAGCCAUUAUCUUAAACACCGUAGAUUUCUUGGAGCAAUCAUCUUUGUUGCAGCUUCAGCAGCAAUAUCAAGUUCCCGUGUUCCAAGUAGGCCCUCUAUCGAAAUUGGCACCAGCCAUAUCCACUAGUUUCUUAAAAGAGGACUCUAACUGCAUUGCAUGGCUGGAUAAUCAAACAGCUAACUCUGUUCUUUAUGUAAGCAAAGGGAGCCUGUCAAUGAGUGAUUCAAAAGAGUUAACAGAGACAUUUUGGGGACUGGCAAACAGUGGCCAAUCGUUCUUAUGGGUGGUUCGACCUGGCUCAGUUAGCGGCUCAGAGUGGACUGAAGUACUGCCAAAAGAUUUCAAAGAAAUCAUUGGAGAAAGAGGCUUGAUAGUGAAGUGGGCUCCUCAGAAGGAGGUAUUAACACAUUCUGCAGUAGGAGGGUUUUGGAGCCAUUGCGGCUGGAAUUCAACCAUGGAGAGUCUUUCUGAAGGAGUCCCUAUGAUAUGCUCUCCCCAGUUUUUUGACCAGAAGGUGAUUGCAAGAUACAUCACCCAUGAAUGGAAAGUCGGUCUGGAACUGGAUGGUGAGUUGGAGAGAGGGGGAAUAGAGAGGUGCAUACGAACAUUAAUGGUUGGCAAAAAUGGCGCGGAAAUGAGGGAGAGAGCAACUGAGUUGAAGCAAAUGACAAGUGUUUCUAUACAUGAGGGAGGUUCUUCUUAUAAUUCACUGAUUGAGUUGACAGAGUUCCUCUUGGCCAAUAAUAUUCCCCAAAAUUGAAUGUUAUUCAGAGUUAAAGCUGGUCAUUAACAAGUCCCAGGACUGCAGUCAGGUGGAAAAUUUCCAUCUCUUGCUUAAUAACAAGAAGAAAGUUGUGAUACAGAUAUUUACACGUUCUGGACCUUCUUUUGUAAGUCUCGACAGACUCAUGUAUGUUCAAGAAUAAUAACAUCAAUAAGAAGAAAGUUGUCAUUUCUUAA